AUGGCGUGCGCUACCCUUAAAAGAAAUUUGGACUGGGAAUCCAUGGCGCAGUUACCUGCAAAAAGGCGAAGAUUUACGCCAUUUGCUGCAACGUCUAGUACCAGUCCCGGAUAUAAAUUAUCUGAAAAUAGGCCUUCGACGUUUGGAGAAACCGUUAGUGCCUCUACAAAAUUGACCCUAGAACGCAUGCCACAAGAGAUAUGGAAUGAAAUAAAGCGUCUUCAGCGACGGCGGCAGCUGCGACUGGCUGCAGGGGCGGCGUCCUGCUCUUCUUCCAGUGGCAGCGAGGGUGACGCCUCGCCUCCGCACAGGACACAACACACCUCACAGGACGCGCACAAGUUGCACAACCGCGCUCUCUUCACCUUCAAGCAGGUGCGCAUGUUUUGCGAGAGAAUGCUCCGUGAACAAGAGGCUGCUCUACGCGCUGAAUACGAAUCUGCACUCAGCAAUAAGUUGGCUGAGCAAUAUGAAGCCUUUGUACGCUUCAACUUAGACCAAGUACAACGCCGACCUCCACCAGCAACCUGCAUGGAUGCAGAACAUCACAUGAGUCAGGACCUAGUCCCCAGCUAUCUGUCC